GCAGGAUAUUUUCUCCAGGAAAUGAAGCCUCCACCACAGGAUCAUGCAGAAAAGAUAAUUCUGCAGAUUUCUUUGCCAACAAAAAUAGGCACGGAUUCAAUGGCUAUUCUCUUCAGUUUUCUUCCAAAAUACCCGAAUUAUUUCCCAUUAAUUAGCAGCUUCUCAAAGACUUGUUCACCAUUAUUAUUUCCCAAUCCCAGAAUUCAUUUUUAUUUCUCUUCAAAUAAACUGUUAAAUUUCACAGGCAAAUCGUAUCGGAUCACUACUCGAGGCGGGUUUAUCGAUGAAGAUGAAGAUGAAGAUGAAGACGAUGAACGCUAUAGCUUUCGAGAAGCUAUUGCACUCUUUAACAGUAGGGAGUAUUACAAAUGCCAUGACGUUCUUGAAUCCCUCUGGAACAAAUCCCAGGAGCCCAUACGUACUCUUUCGCAUGCUAUUCUGCAAUGUGCUGUGGGUUUCCAUCACCUGUUCAAUCAGAAUCAUAAAGGAGCAAUGAUGGAAUUAGGAGAGGGAGUGUGUAAAUUAAGGAAAAUGAACUUUGAAAAUGGACCCUUCCAUCAAUUUGAGAAAGAAAUUUCAGCAGUCUUGGAAUUUAUUUACCAGACUCAGUUAGAGCAUGCAGCCUGCACAGAGGAACUUUGUCUUGCAAUGGAUCAAUCUGAGAGAUCAUACCAACUUCUUGGGGGAUUUGCAGCAGGACAGAACAUCUAUAGUCUGGACCAACAUGAAUACAUUGUUUUCUGCCCUGAAAAGUAUCAUGGAAGAAGUGAACAACCUAGGAUCAAAAUCCCUGUUCUUACAGCUUCUGAAGAACACUUUAUGGAGUUAGAAUAUAACUAGAAGUCAAACAUUUGUUUAUUUCCUUUUCCAAAGCGUCAUUCCCACCACCUUACCAGCUAUACAGAGCCAUCAUCCCAUGUUGAUUUUUCAAAGGUUUUUACUCUGCAUUCAGAGACUUUCAGUCAAUCUGCUUCAUCCAAUUUGAUUCUAAUAACAUUGUUAAAAAAUAUUAUUGUGUUCGGUUCUUUGCUGUU